AGAGUGAGUGAGUGAGUGAGUGACUGACGGAGGGAGAGAGAUGGUGCUGUUGGCGGGACCUCAGCUGUUGGACUGGGCGAGCUCCCCGCCUCACUUGCAGUUUAACCGUUACGUGUUAACGGGUUACCGACCGGCCAGUCCAGUCCGGGACUGCGUCCGGAGCUUGUUUUACCUCCACAACGAGCUGCUCAACAUCUACUCUCACGGUAUCCCCUUGCUGUGUUUUAUGGUGCUGUUGCCUCUGGCUAUACCAUGGCCUCAGAUCUCGGUGCCCUGGUUGGCUGUUGCUCACUAUCUGGCCUGCGUAUCGCCCCAGCUGGGCAGCGUUCUCUAUCAUCUCUUCAUGAACCACGAGGGAGGGGCUCGGGUCUACCGCAAGCUCCUCACCCUGGACAUGUGUGGGGUCUGCAUGGUCAACACGCUAGGAGCCCUCCCCAUCAUCUACGUCACUCUGCUGUGCUACCCGUGGCUCCGCGCCUCGGCCUUGCUGGGCUACGCCCUCCUCUCCUCCUACGUGACCUUCAGCGCCCUGACCGCCCGCAGCAACCUGACCCGCCUACGGGCCUUCGCGGGCCAGGCCUGCGUGAGGAGCGCCUUCUUCCUGCUGCGCUGGCGGGGCCUGGGCUCGGGCAGCCCCUCCUCGCUCCGGCACUACGUGACCAUGGACGCUCUGGCCGCCCUGGGCGGGCUCAUCAACGUGGGCCGCCUCCCCGAGCGGCUCAGGCCCGGGCGCUUCGACUACUGGCUGAACAGCCACCAGAUCAUGCACGUCCUGGUGGUGGGCAGCCUCCUGUGCCUGCACUGGGGGGUCCUGGCCGACCUGACCUGGAUCAGCAACAACGUGGCCGCCUGCCAGACCCACCACUGA